GGAGAUAUUUCAGAGUUUCAUUACCUGGUAUUUUUGGAGGAAGCUUCAAUUUAAUUUUAUUAUUUUCCAUUGAGUUUGGGGAAGCGAAGCCAUGGGAGAGUCGUCGAACUACCUAGUAUCGGAGCUCUGAUUCACUACCAAUUACCUCGAAUUUAAUUGUGUUUUUUAAUCUGACCUUGUAAACCUCUGCCUAAAGCCUAAAACCCAUCAAGUUCCUCCACUAUAGAAUUGCUCCGUCGAUGGGGAAAGGCGAGAUGGAGCAGCUGACCUUUGAAUUGAACCAUGAUUCUUCAGUUUGUUGCUUCACCUACGGCAAGGGACGAGGUCGUGCUGGUAGAGUGCAGCCUGGAGUUUGUUAUAGGCUAUAUCCAAAACUAGUUUAUGAUGCAAUGCCUCAGUAUCAGCUACCAGAAAUUCUUCGGACACCUUUGCAAAAACUUUGUUUAAACAUAAAGAGUUUGCAACUUGAAACUGUUGGGUCAUUCUUAGCAAAAGCACUUCAGCCUCCAGAUUCUCUCUCUGUCCAAAAUGCUAUUGAACUUCUGAAGACAAUUGGCGCUUUAGAUGAAAGGAAAGACCUCACUCCUCUUGGUCGACAUCUCUGCACUCUGCCUUUGGAACCAAAUAUUGGGAAGAUGUUGCUCAUGGGGUCGGUUUUCCAAUGCCUGAAUCCAGCAUUGACAAUUGCAGCUGCUACAAUGCUAUUUGCUUAAAUGGAGUGCUGACAUCAUGAUUCCUUAGAAAUUGUGAGUGGAGCUUGAUAAACUUUUGAGCAGGAAGAUUGAAGAACCAAGGUUAGACAUCACUGCCGAGGGGAAGAGUGUGGUUGCUGCUGUAGUUGAGUUGUUGCACAGUUAAAACUUCAAAUACUAGAUCUUUAUUCCAGACUAGUAGAGUAAUUCAAAGACCGACGGUGACUCUGAACAGACUUUCUUCUUAGAAUAGACUCUGAACAGACUUUCUUCGGUAAAUCUACAGGUAUAAGGAACAGACACAAUUAUUCAGUGACCAUAUAGAAUAGAAACAGAUAAUUAACUUUUGUCCAUAAACAACACUUUGUAUUCUAGAUUUUGUGUGGUUAUAUAAUUUUUGCAGAGGCCAUAAUUUCUUUAGAUGUAGUUUGGUGAAUAGCAUCAGUUUGCCGUUUGGGACUUUGUUAGCUGUUAGAUUGUAUGUCGAGAUAACCAUACGGAGGAAUAAGUAGCUGGUGAGCAGAAGAUAUACAAUAUUUUUUUCUCUUUGGUUAGCAAAAGAGUUGUUUUUCCCA